CUUCCAGGCCGUAUAAAAGUCAGCAUGGCAGGGCUCGUCUUUCACACAGUGACCGUGGGACUGCGUGAGCCUGGGGUCGACAUGACCCCCCCGAGGUUGGACCCCAUGCAGCGUCAUCGCCAGGAUGAGUGACAGCCCCAGUGCCUGAUCACCAGGAUGCCCCCGGGGCCGGCAAGCGGGACAUCCUCCUCCCAGCACGUGGUUCCGGUCACCCUCACCUUCUCAUGGAUCCUGCUGCUCUUCCACACCGCCUUUGGGCAGAAACCUGCCAAGCUGCCUCUGAUUGGCCGCAAGCCCUUCAUCGCCGCCUGGAACGCUCCCCUGGACAUGUGCGCCAUCAAGUACAACGUCACCGCAAACCUGGACCGCAUCUUCCACAUCCACGGCAGCCCGCGCGCUGACUGGACAGGCCAGAACGUCACCAUCUUCUACGCCAACCGGCUUGGUUACUACCCCCGCUAUACGCCCCAGGGUGCUGCCGUGCACGGCGGCGUGCCGCAGAACUGCAGCCUGGACAUGCACCUGUUCAAGGCCUACAAGGACAUCAAGCACUUCAUCCCCGCAGAGGACUUCCGCGGCCUGGCCGUCAUCGACUGGGAGUUCUGGCGCCCUCAGUGGAACCGCAACUGGCACAAGAAGGACAUCUACCGACAGAAGUCUCGUGAGCUCACCGCCAAGGCGUACAUCAACGUGACGACGGCGCAGGUGGAGGAGCUGGCGCGCCGCCGCUUCGAGAAAAGCGCCCGUGCGUUCAUGCAGAGGACCAUACAGCUCGGGACGCGCCUCCGCCCCGACGGCCUCUGGGGGUUCUAUCUCUACCCGGACUGCCACAACUACAACCUCCACGAGGAGAACUACACCGGCUUGUGCCCGCUUUUGGAGAGCCUGAGGAACGAUGAGCUGCGUUGGCUGUGGAACAGCAGCACAGCGCUCUUCCCGUCCGUCGCCAUCAGGAAGAGUCACACCAACAGCGUCGGCAACCUCCACUUCUCGCGCCAUCGUGUGAGAGAAGCGCUGCGUGUGGCUUCGCUCACCUCCAAGGACUACGACCUGCCCACGUACGUCUACCUGAGAUUGGGGUACCGCGACGAGGCGCUCACCUUCCUCACCACCAAAGACCUGGUCCACACCAUCGGGGAGAGUGCGGCACUUGGCGCUGCCGGCUUCGUCAUCUGGGGCGACCUGAACCUGACGUCGUCUCGGCACAACUGCAGCAAGGUCAGGUGGUUCGUCAACCACCGUCUGGGUCAGUACGUCACCAACGUGACGCGAGCGGCCGAGGCGUGCAGCGACUACCUCUGCCGGGGCAACGGCCGCUGUGUCCGCCGCAACCCGCAGGCCCGCCACUACCUCCACCUGAGCGCCAACAGCUACCGCAUCCUGCCCUCGGGCGACGGCGACUUCGCUGUGAGCGGUUGGCACUCGCCACGGGACCUGCAGCUCCUGAGCGAGCGAUUCCGAUGCCACUGCUACGAGGGCCACGAGGGAGAGCGCUGCGACAGCAUCAACGAGGUCGGCGAGGAUGACGGGCCGUGGGACAAUGGGGACGGCGAGGACGACGAGCAAGAGCGGCGGAGGACAGAGUGGGAGCACGAGCAAGGGGGACGGGCGGAGGAAGGGAGGAGCGCGGCGCCACCUAGCUGUGGCAGCCAACGUUUAUUGUUACUGAUGCUCCUGUUGAACUUGACUGUACUCAAAACACUUGACAUGACAUGUUUGUUAGCCUGCUAUUAGCAAUUAGCAAUUAGCAUAGCAAUAAGUCAUCAACCAGAAGAGCAGAUCACUUUUAAUCUGAUUCCGCCCAGAAAUGUUAGCACAUCCGCGACAUUUCACUUAUUUUAUGCUAGCUCGUCCCUUUUAAUUAGCCUAUCCACAACUUUGCUAGCAGCCAAGCUAGCCAAAAAUCACAUACGCCAUCUUGUUUGACAUUGCUAAAACGACUAAAAACAACUAAAAGAUAGGCAAACAGCUACAACACAACAAUUUUUAGUUUUGUUUUGAACACUUGUUAGCAUGUUGGGCAACUGAAGGCAUUCUAGCAGUGGCGGCCAUUUUCUAGCUAACGCUCGCUCUGUUUGUUAGCCUCCUAACAUUGAUGCUAACAUGCCAAAUACCUGCGGAUCACACCUCCAAAUAUAAUUAGCACAGCAAUUAUUCCUCAAAGCAUCGCCAAAGUAUCAGAAAAACUAUGUACAAUGUCCUUUUUUAUUAUUUUAAAACACACAUAAACAAGAUUUGGGGUUUUGUUUUUGAACACCGGUUAGCAUGUAGCAACAGAAGGCAAACUUCAUAUGACAGCUAGCUUGUCCAAAACGUGGGAAGAAUGUUCCCAAACAAUAAGCUGUUUUAAUUACAUUUGAUAUACUGGUGCUAUAUCACAUUUCAGGACAUACUUUGUGAAUGAAAAUAUGUUAUUUUCAGCAUUUACUCUCAUUUUUUGUUGGUUUUAUUAACAAAACAAAACAAGCGUAUAUAUGCCUAUACAGUCGUCCCUCGUGCGUCACGGUUAACUGGUCCCAGAUCAGCUCAGUGGGAUUGUGAAGCUACGUGAAGCUACAGGACACACUUCCGGUCAGAGCUUGCCUCCAUGUAACGAAUUCGGGCGGAAAUAGGCAUCAUUUAAGUCAACAUUUCGGCAUACUUUAGAUAUACUGUAGCUAUAUGAAAGGCUGGUUAUUCGGCUCGCCUUUUCUAAAUAAAAUGCUAACAUCCGGUCCUAGCUAGUGUGGAAACACCUCUUUUGAGUUUUAAACUCUGUUAAUGUGCAGCUCUUAAUCUGAAGUAGCGGAAGUAGCGGACGUGUUUUUCCCUCUGUUUCCCCUCUUGGACUCAAUAGGCUUUCAAUGUUAAUACAAUGAAUAUUUUCGUAGUUAUGGCAUAGAAAAUCUGUUUACGAUAUUCUAAAUACGCCUUUUUAAACAUAAUUACAACCCAAUAUGUGAAAUAACACCCAUUUGUUCGCCUUAACACUUGUAUUACUCAAUACAAUAAUACGUAAACAUAAAUAAGAUAAAAAGACUCACAUGUUUUUUCUCGACGGCGUACUUCCUUUAAGUGUUGUUACACUUUUGUCACUGCUACAGUAGACAAAUAGAAGUAAAUAAACAAUUUAAGAAGUAAAUAAGGAAAAAGCGGUAGAAAAUGAAUGAAUGAAUGAAUAAAACUCCAGCUCGCGCAGUGUCACCGUAAAUUAGCUCCCCAAGGGAACCUGACUGAGGAGUUUAGUGCCCGUCUCGUCGAACACCGACACCUGGUGGCUAUUAUAGUGCAAAGUUUGUUAAUUUUGACUGUGAUUAAUUGUAACAUAAAAUAUAUAUUAACUUUGGCUGUGUGGAAGUCAACAAGGUAGCCAUUUAUAUGUUUCUGAUCAUCAAAAAUUCAAGUGUGUGUUCCUUUUCAUGACACGCUAACAACAGUGCUAACGCUACAUGUAGUAUUUCCGUGUAAAAACACCAAAAAAUAUUUACAAAACAAGUACAAUUGGUUUAAAUAUGUAUAUUUUUCAAAUGAAUAAACAUUUAUUGAUUCAUUUGGAAAAGCCGCGAUGAAUGAGGGACGACUGUGUGGCGGCGGCGCGGCGUGAUGUAGCGUGACGAGACACAAAAUGGCGGACCUCAGCGCUCCCGCCACACAAAGUUGAACAAAGUGAAUGUUGGGAAAUCAUGCUAACUAACCUCGUGUGUCGUGUGUAUUUCCACGCGGCUAUUUUGUGCGAGCUGCUAUGCUAGCACUUACACUGUUGAUGUUUCCUGUCCAUCAAACAUGGAGUUGGACUGUUUUUGAAUUAAAAAAAAAUUAAUAUUCAUACGAUGAUUGUAGCGCGACACAUACGAUGCGGCACUUGAAUGUAAACGC